CUUGUGCUCAACCGAUAUUUUGUCUUGACUGUCUGAUGCGAGCAGCCAACGGCCGGGAUGAUGCAUAGUGCAAAGCCGGGGAAAAGGGCAAGAAAUGCACACCGUCAAAGAGCAAACAAUGGCAAUCCAGUGCAGCCCAUGCAGGGCGUUGCAUCAAAUCCGCAAAGAGCUUAGCAUGGCGCGAAUCCUGUGAGCCGGCCCCUCUCACGAUCGUUGCUUUUUAUUUCUCCUAGUGCCGCAGCCCGAUCUCGCCGGCCUGCCGCCGAUGGAGUGGGAGCGACGAGCCCGUGAUGGAUGAAUCAGUUCCGUGGCAACACGACCAGACGGUGCAAGCAGUCGCACAUCGUGUAUACUUGAAUAGUAGCAGUACCUAAUACUAGCAGUACUUGUGAAGUGGGACGCCACUCCGCACCGAGACGGGCAUAGACCCACUUCAGGUCCACUUUACCUCCCCCCGUCACAUUCGACUUUGGCUGCUGACGCCGGAAUGACAAACCAUCGGCGAGGCGAGACGAGAUGCGUAUUCAUGAUGGACUAAUGCUUAGAAGAUGGCUCUGCUCUGCGGUGCUGGUUCUGGCGAAACUGAGAGCGAGCGUUUAUUUAAACGGCGUUGAGCAGCUGCCUGUGCUUGUCGUGUAAUUCAAUCCAUUCAACGUAGCAGACGCCGAUAACACGCACCCCGAAAAUAGAAAAUAGCUACACGGCAAAGGAUUGCAUCGCACUUGUACAGUUGCAAUCUGUCCCUCACCGAUUUCGUCUCGGCUCAUUGACGCAGCCUUGACAGCCAUGGCGCCCUCUCACUCUCAGUCCGGCCAGGAGGCUGCAGCCGUCCCCACCCCUCCGCUGCUGGACCUGACCAUUGACAACAUCACCCAGAACGUGGUGCGAAUCAACUCGCAGAGCGGCGAUGCACGCCUCAACCAUCUGAUGGAGCGGCUGGUGACGCAUCUCCACGACUUUGCGCGCGAGACUCGCCUUAGCACGCACGAGUGGAUGGCCGCCAUCCAGUUCCUCACCCAGACGGGCCAGAUUUGCAGCGACGUUCGCCAGGAAUUCAUCCUGCUCUCAGAUGUUCUGGGGCUGUCCAUGCUGGUCGACUCCAUUGAUCAUCCCAAGCCACCAAAUUGCACAGAGGGCUCCGUGCUGGGGCCUUUCCACACCCACGAUGCACCGCAUCUGCCCAUCGGCUCGUCCAUGAGCUCAGACGCCGCGGGAGAGCCUAUGCUCGCACUAUGCACUGUCCGCGACUCGUCCAACAGGCCAAUUCAAGGCGUCAAGGUCGACAUCUGGGAGACGGACUCCUCAGGCCACUAUGAUGUGCAGUAUUCCACCAGAGAGGCGCCAAGCGAGCGCUGCAUCAUGACCAGCGACGUGGACGGCAGCUUCUGGUUCAAGGCCAUCAGGCCUGUAAGCUACCCCAUCCCGGACGACGGCCCGGUGGGCAAGCUGUUGGGGCGACUCAAGCGCCAUCCAUGGCGGCCAGCCCAUAUGCACUUCAUGUUUGAGAAGCCGGGCCUGGAUCAUCUGAUAACGACCCUGUUUAUCCGCGGUGACCAGUACGAGACAUCCGACGUCGUCUUUGGCGUCAAGACGAGCCUGGUGGUCGACUUGGACAAGGUCGACAAGGAGACGGCCAUCAAAUACAAGGUGCCCGAGGGCGCCUGGUUGCUCAGGCACAACUUUGUCUUGGCCAGCACAAGAGAGACCGAGGACCUGAGAGACAAGAAUGCCAUCGAGGCCAUGGAAAGAUUGGGGCUGAAGAGCAAGCUCAUUGACCACCUGCAUGUACCUGAUUUAGAUUAAGCCGUGAAAUCCCCGUACGGGACAUCAGUCGUCGGUGGCCAGGUGGGAAGAAAUUGAAAAUUU